AUGUCUGGCAGGGAGGAAAAAGACAAAUGCAGUGCAUUUUUAUACCUGAUCGGUCAGGAUGGCCGAGGAGUGUUCAACACGAUGACAUUCGACGGAGACACGCGAGACAAAAUAGAACCGUUGUUUACGAAGUUUAAAGAGUACUGCCAACCGCACGAGAACACCAUCGUAUGGAGACACAAAUUUAACACAAAAGUUCAAGGAAAAGGAGAAACGAUUGACCAGUAUGUCACUGAACUUAGAACCAUCAGUAAAAACUGUCGUUUUGGUCUACUUACGGAUGAGCUAAUUCGCGAUAGAAUAGUAUGUGGUGUGAACAGCGGGAAACUGAAGGAAAGGCUACUCCGGGACGGGGAGUUAACCCUCAUUAGAGCAAUAACUACAUGCAGAGCGAGCGAGGAAAGUCAUCACAUGAUGAAAAACCUCCACGGGGAGGAGGUUGUAGCGAGUGUAAAGAAAAGUAGAGACUACAAGAAAACAUCGCACAAACCGACCACGCAGUCAUCAAAACAAUACAAACGUGUGGAAACUCCGAGACACUCUAAUCUAUGUGGUCAGUGUGGGGGGCAACACAUGAAAGGGAACUGUCAAGCUUUCGGGAAAAAGUGUCUAAAAAAUUACGACCUACAGUCAAAGUGGAGGUCCAAGGUAACGCUGAAAAGCUACACAGGAGACAAGAUACCUGUGGCUGGAAGGUGUGUAAUACCGUACAAGGACAGUCAGUUAAAAUUCUAUGUCACUGACUCCACACAUACUCCGUUGCUCGGAUUUAGGUCAUCGCAAGAUCUAGAAGUCAUCAAGGUUGAACUUACCACCAACACCGAAAGGAAAAAUCCUGUAGACAUGUACCCCAAACUGUUUGAGGGACUUGGCUGCCUAAAAGAAAGUUACAAAAUUCAAAUUGAUGAAUCCGUAACACCGGUGGUGAAUGCUUCUAGAAACGUGCCAGCAGCGUUGAGAGACAGACUGAAGGACGCACCAAGUGAAAUGGAGAGAGACGGCAUUAUUGAAAAAGUUGACCAGCCCACCGAUUGGGUUAGCUCAUUAGUAGUGGUAGAAAAGCCCUCAGGCAAAUUAAGAGUGUGUUUGGAUCCACGUUAUUUGGACGUAGCCAUCAAGAGGGAACACUAUCAGUUACCUACCUUUGAGGACAUUGUGUCAAGGAUUCCAAUGCCAAGUACUUCUCCAAAUUGGAUGCCAAUCAUGGAUACUGGCAGGAACCUUCAGAGAGCCCUAGAUAGGUGUCAGGAGAUUGGUCUCACGUUGAACAAGGAGAAAUGUAAAUUUCGUCAGACUGAGGUCAGCUACAUCGGACACCGGCUAACGCAACAGGGAGUACACCCUGAUCCAUCGAAAAUCGAAGCCGUGAAGGACAUGCCUCAACCAAUAGACAAGAAGGGUGAAGAGAGACUGUUAGGUUUUGUGAAUUACCUAUCAAAGUUCAUUCUGAACAUGUCCACCGUCACUGAGCCAAUCAGAAGAUUACUCAAGAGUGAUGUCGAGUUUGAGUGGACCAAGCCACAGGAAGAGGCGUUCAAAGAGAUAAAAAAGAUCAUCACCAGGAAACCGGAACUGAAGUACUUUGAUGUCAAGAGGCCUAUAACGGUCAGUUGUGAUGCAUCCAAAUCAGGUUUGGGAGCGGUGUUGCUUCAGGACGAUCAACCGAUAGCUUAUGCUUCAAGAGCGUGA